AUGGUACCCCAGCUCUUGAUUCGAACAUUAGCUCUCCUGUUUACAGGAUGGAGCUCUGGUAUCUCGUGCGUCUUGGCCUUGUAUCUUUUCUAUCAAUGGCUUCUGCCGAAGCCUAUCGUGGGUAUUCCAUUCAGCGUUGCUGCCACGCAGAAUCUACUCGGCGAUGUGCCCGAAUUGGCAGCGGAGGUCUCUAGGACGAGAAACUUCAAUAGUUGGCUUAAAAAGAAAGCAGAAAGCUUCAACUCGCCGGUUGCCCAGGUCUUCAUGCGUCCGUUUUCUAAACCGUUUGUGAUUUUGAGUGACUUUCGGGAAAUUCAGGACAUUCUCUUACAUCGCAAGGACGACUUUGAUCGAACAGACAUGGCUUAUGAGAUGUUUGGAGGCCUGGUCCCCAAUUUUCACUUACACAUGAAAACGAACGCCAGGUGGAAAUCCCAUCGGAGGCUGCUGCAAGACCUUAUGGUCCCCCGAUUCCUAAACAAUGUGGCUGCACCUGCAAUCUACUCUUCCACCCUCAGAUUGAUUGACCUAUGGAAAGCCAAGUGCUCUAUUGCAGAUGGGAGACCGUUUUCCGCAGCGGAUGAUAUUCACUUUGCUGCUCUUGACGCUGUCUUGGCGUUUUCCUUCGGCUCGAGCUUCCCUCAUAGUGCUACCGGUCCUCAGCUUGAGCUCAUAAGUACGCAAGCAGAAGCCAUGAAGGAAAACUCUGGCAAAGCCUCAUCCACCGAAGAGCCGGUGAACUUCUCGCAAGCCAAAGUGCACGAAGCUAUCCGUGCAAUGGUAAAUCUAACUGAUGCGAUGGCACGUACCAAAUCUUCAAUCUUUCCAUUACUCCAUUGGAAAGUGCUCACUAAACUUCCCCCCUUGGCGCAUGCGGUUCGCGUAAAAAACGAUUUCAUCAUGGGAGAAGUGAAGAAGGCCGCCAACACGCUAUUGACCAGGCCGAAAACCGAUGAUUCAUGGGUCCGGUCUGCUGUCGAUCAUAUAGUAGAUCGGGAAAACAGAUUCGCGGAAAAGGAGGCGCGUGCACCCAGCUUCUUGACCGAUGCUAUGCGAGACGAGGUAUUUGGGUUCGUCGUCGCUGGCCAUGACACCACUAGCACAACCGUCUCAUGGGGCGUCAAAUUUUUGGCCGAUCAUUCCGACGCACAAUCAUCUUUAAGAACAGCUCUCCGUUCGGGCUACUCCGACGCUGUGAAAGAGAGACGUCAGCCGACAUUGGAUGAGAUCACGCACACGCAGAUUCCCUACCUCGAUGCAUGUAUAGAAGAGAUUUUGCGCUGUGCUCCUACCGUCCCUGCUAUUGAUCGACAGGCUACCCGUGAUACGACCUUGCUGGGUCACCGCAUCCCAAAAGGCACUGCGGUAUUUUUCUUAACUACGAGCCGGAGCUUUUUCUCGCCCCCGUUUCAGAUCGAUAAAGAACAGCGCAGUCCGACGUUCCGAGACGCAGAAAUGAAAGAUAACGGAUAUGAAUUGGGCACCUUUGAACCUCGAAGGUGGCUCAUACGAACCGAGGAGGACCAGGUUGGUGAAAGCAUUGUGUUUGACUCCACGGCGGCACCGACAUUGCCAUUUGGCGGGGGUGUCCGUGGAUGCUUUGGGCGGCGGCUGGCUUAUCUGGAGCUAAGGCUACUUCUCGUCCUCAUAAUAUGGAAUUUCGAACUUCAGCAUUGCCCCAAGAGGCUCUCUGGGUAUAGAGGGUAUGAUGGAGUUGUUCACAAACCAGUGCAUUGUUAUGUGAGACUGGCUGAAGCGAGGCUUUAA